CACACCAUGCUACCAUCCAAAUGGUGCAAACACAACACAUCUAGACACAUCUUGUAGUACAAUCUCUUUCACGGCAGUAGACAAUAAAAAAAACUCAACAUCUUUCUCUCAUAAUUAAGCGGCACAUACACACAACCUAGGCUGCAAUACACCUUUUCCAAAGCACCUCACCUCCAUCCCUGUCCCCCUCCUCUCUCCCCUUCCCUCUCUGGCCUUCAUGCCCAUUGCAAGUGACUGGCAGGAGCAUGAGCUAGGAAAGAAGAUCAAGCGGGAGUCGGCUGCGGCAGCGGAGGCUGACCGGAUGAUGGCGGCGCGGAGGAGCAGCAGCAGCCAGCUGCCGGCAGCGGCAGCGGCGGGCGCAGGGCCAGGAUCGGCGCCCUUCAACACGAUGACGCCGUGCGCGGCGUGCAAGCUGCUCCGGAGGCGGUGCGCCCAGGAGUGCCCCUUCUCGCCCUUCUUCUCUCCGCUGGAGCCGCACAAGUUCGCCUCCGUGCACAAGGUCUUCGGCGCCAGCAACGUCUCCAAGAUGCUCCUGGAGGUGCACGAGAGCCAGCGCGGGGACGCGGCCAACAGCCUGGUGUACGAGGCGAAUCUGCGGCUCAGGGACCCGGUCUACGGCUGCAUGGGCGCCAUCCUCACGCUCCAGCAGCAGGUGCACGCCCUCGAGGCCGACCUCGCCGCACUCCGCGCCCAGAUCCAGCUCCACCACCACAAGCAGCAGCAACACACCCAGAGCAGCCUCCGCCCUCCUCCUCCGGCUACCGCCGGCAACAACGUGCCCAGCAACGUGCUCCCCUCGUCGCACGCCUCCCAGCUCCUCGCAGCCGCCGCCGCCGCCUCGACCGCCGGACCAGCAAGGGCGGCGCAGGCCGCGGCGGCGAUGGGGCCUGCUGCUUCCGCUUCGUCCUCCACGACGGUGUACGCCGCGGCGUCCAGCUCCACGGACUACAGCUCCAUAACCCACGAGAAUGUUCCCUAUUUCGGUUGAUGCUGCUUUAAGUUGUAGUGUAGUGUAAUGUGACUGUUGUUGUUUCUUGGAUGUAAUUUUGUCUUGUUUUUACUACCUUAGACCUUGUGGAAAUGCUGAAAUAAACGGUUUUGCUAGUUCUGAGUUGGUCCUGGAACUUUUCAUGAA